CCCAGUCGUAGUUCGUGAUGGGCGAGGACACAGAGAAAGACGGGCCUGUCCUUCACGUCGCCGUCAUCGGCUUCCACCAUAAAAAGGGAUGUCAGGUUGAAUUUUCUUAUCCACCUCUCGUCCCUGGAGGAGAUGUUACGUGUACAGAAUGUCCACCCGGUUGGAAAUACCUGCCGACCCUGGCACUCCCGGAUGGGUCGCACAACUACGAAAAGGACACCGUUUUCUUCCAUCUCCCAUCUCUGGACUGCCCGAACAAAACGGUCUUCGGCGUUUCUUGUUUUAGGCAAAUCCCAGUUGAAAAAAUUAAAAACCGUACUUCUGACAUAACCAGAGGGACAGUCCAAAAGGCAGUUUGUGUUCUGAGUAAAAUACCACUUUAUGGGCACAUUCAAGUUAAGAUGGAGCUUAUUACCCAUGCAUAUUUUGAAGAAGGGGAUUUUACUAAAGUUUCUUUACUUGAAGAUACUUAUAGAAAUUUAAAUGACUGUUUAAACCAAAUAUUUGACCUUCAUAGUGCUCCUCAGCUUUUUGUUGGGUUAUCUGCUCGGGAUCUCAUUUUAACUUUAAGGCAUAAAGUAUUACUUCUUUAUAAACUGGUGCUGCUUGAGAAGAAGGUGCUUUUCUUUCAGUCGCCUGUACAGCCACUUUGUACAACCAUUUUAACACUACUCUCUCUUCAUCCAAAUUUGGUAGAAGAUGGAUUGUUUCAGUCUGCAUGUUUCAAACCAUCAAGACCGAUGUCUCCAGUUCCUCGGUUUGAAGAGAAAACACAGAAAAGUGCAGACUUCUCGGAAGAAGCAGAUGUCAAAGAAGAGACUGAACUCAGACAUGACAAAGAAAUGAGUGAUAAUCAGGAGAUUAAUGAAAUGCUAAAGGCAGAUCCUAAUCGUAAUGGAAUGAAAAUGAGACAAGAGAUAAAUGGGAAUCAGCUUGCUGCUAGGAUUGAUUCCAAUGCGGAAAUAAUCAAAGAUGAUCAGAAACAUCUAUCAAACCCAACAGUUAUUGAUAGAGUGGAGAUUAAUGGACAUUUGGAGUGUGAAGAAGGAGAUGGUGAUAAAAAAAGCGAUAGCCCAAAAAGACUGAAUGAAGGUGAAAACAUAAUUGGAUCCAUAUCUAGAGAUCCUAGUAGUAUGGAUCUACUCGGAAAUGCUGGAAUUCAGAAUUCUCUUCUCAUGAUAGCACAGAUUGAUGCAAACUCUUGUGGUUUACCACUUCAAAUUUUCAACAAUGGUUACCUUUGUUUGCCGUACCUUUCACUGCCGUACAUGGAUGUUCUGACAGAUCCAAACAUUAGAGGUUAUUUACUCGGUGCUACAAAUGUUCUUUUUAAACAGAAAAAAAAUCUUGCUGAUGUAGUAAUAGAACUAGAAAACGGUAUAAUAGAAUGCCCAGAACAAGAUUUGAAAAGAGCUCUCACGCUUUCCACCGAGGAUCUUAGGUUUAGUGAAUUUCUUGUUCGCCAUGUCAGUGCAACAUGUACAAAGUAUGAUGUCUACGCAGAUGGUGUCGGAUGGGAGGGCAGCGAAGACUGGAUCAGAGCACAAUUCCUAGCUUAUACACUUUGCUUGCUUAGGACCAGUCUUCUACAAGAAGGGUGUAAGGAAAUAGACCAGUUUAACAAAAGUUAUGUAACGGCACUGCAAGAGUCGCAGAGCUACAAAGAAUGGAAAUCUGACCCAAGAUCCCAGAACAUUCUUGAAAUCAACCCCGGUCAUCCUUUUGCCGGACAAGUGUCUGUCGUUAAAGAUAUGAAACUGAAAAUUGAACAUACAAUGCAAACAACAGAAAGCGGAAGAAAAUUAAACCAAGCUAUGGUCACGACUGGUAGAGCUGUAGCAACAACUGGCAAAGCAGUUGGUGGUGCAUUUAUCCAGGCACGUGGUGCUCUAAGCAGCUGGUGGAGUAAUUUGACUGCCCAACAGGUCUUAGAGACGAACAACAUAGAAAAGGCUAUUGAAGCCGACCAAGUCAACGAUGGGAUGAAAGAUGACAAAGAUAUUGAAGAGGGAAUUGAGUUAGUUGAGGGAAAUAUGGAACCCACUGAUUAACUGUAUCAAAAAUUGUAUUCAAUCGAUGUGAUUGGCGUUAUAAUAUUGAAUUUUCAAAUAUAUUUGCAAAUAGAAACAUCAGAACAUAGAAAAUUACCUUUUGAAAAUAGCUUCCGUUUAAAAACAAGUUUCUAAAAAAAAAUGUUGCGUAUAAAUGAUAUAUUUUUAUUAAUAUAAAAUCAUUAUAUAAAAACUGAUAUUGUAAAUAUUACAAUUGUUUGUUGAUAAUAUACGUUGGAAUGAUUUAUUUUAUAAUAGAGUUUAUUAUCAUUAUAUCAAUCAUUGGUAGUAGUGUUCUCAUAUGAGAAAACUGUCAAUUGUAAUAGAUGAGAAAUGAAUAAAAGUAAAAAAUUAAUAGAUUAAACGGUUAAUGAUUUUGAGUAGAAAAACCGUUUACUGGAAGUGAUAUAUCCUGCAUAUAAUCCUGCUGUUGCUUUUGACACACCACAGUAUCGAGUUAGUGAUAGCUUUGUUUUAAUGUGAUGAUAAAAUCAGUCAUUUUCAUUUGCCAAUGAUUAAUUUUGAAAUGUACAUUUUAUUUGACAUUUUUUGAUUUGUCAUGACUGAUUUUGUCAAAGAGAAAUUUUUUUUUUUAAUGACAGUAAUAAUUUAAUUCCCCUAACGUUUAAUUAUUUGGCUGUGUAUGUUUGUAAGUUUGUACAUUCCAGGUUAUGAUUUUUUUUUUUUUCCAAAUGCUGUUGGAACAGUUUGAACAAAGUGAGAAAGUGUUUGAAUACCACUUUUGAAUAGUGUGCAAUUGUAGUUGUGAUACCAAUUGAUAUUGGAGUUGCUUCAUUUCUUUGUUUUGUUUUUUUGAGUUUGCUCAGAUUUAAUGUAAGCUAUUUAGACAGUUAAUUUAGCGAACAAUGUCUUUGGUGUUUAAAUGAAAUUGAUCGCAAAUAACAAAUUAUUAAAAAGUUGUUACCUAGUAGAAGUGAAAUGCAUAAAAUGAUAUAAAAGUACUUAAUUUAAAAAAAACUCAAAUUAUUCACUUUGUGUAAUGACUA